AUGCCAGCCAUAUUGGAUCACAGCAUGAAGGAGUUUGUGAGCGUCGCGGGCCUCCGGGUCGAUGGCCGCCGGCCCAACGAAGUUCGCCGCGUCCGCGCCAAGUUCGGUCUCUUCCAGCGUGUUGACGGCUCUGCGUACGUCGAGCAGGGCCAGACCAAAGUCAUGGCGGUCGUCUACGGCCCCAAGGAGCACACGGGGCGCAAGACCGCCGAGGAGGCGGCGGAGACCAAGGCGCGCGUUACGUGCGAGGUGACGCAGGCGCCGUUCGCGACGAGCGAGCGCAAGGUCACGCACAAGGCGGACCGCAAGAAGCUCGAGACAUCGCUCGCGAUUCUGCAGAUUUUCGAGGCCAACAUCUCAACUCAUUUGUACCCGCGGUCCCAGAUCGACAUUUUUGUGCAAGUGCUCCACGCCGAUGGCGGCGAGCUCGCGGCGUGUAUCAACGCGGUCACGCUGGCGCUGGUCGAUGCUGGCAUUGCCAUGAAGGACUUUGUCGUGGCCUGCUCGGCCGGCUACAUUCAGCAAACGCUUCUCUGCGACUUGAACCAAACCGAGCAAAACGCCCGGUGCCCCGACCUUGCGGUCGCCUUGACCCCGCGCAACGACAAGCUCACGCUCGUGCAAAUGGAAUGCAAACUGCCGCUCGAGAUUUUCGAAUCGCUCAUGACGACAGCGAUGGAAGGCUGUACGCAGAUCUACGAGAUUCUCCAAAACGAAGUCCAGGAAAAUACGUGGCGCCGCCUCAUUUCGCGCGAAACGUCGUAA